GAAGUACAAUUAUGCGUGAGAUUACGCGAGCGACAUCUGGUAAAAUUAGUUUACUUUCGCUCAAGUUGGCGGGUGCAUUCACAGAAAAUGUUAUGUUAUUGUCAUAAUAGGUGAUCAAUUCUCUAUCAGAGUUCAUUAUCCUGAUUUCUUUGUGUUAAAUUGAUCAUCAUGCCUAAGAAAUUCGUCGGUGAGAAUAGCAAGGCUGUUGCAGCCAGGGCAAGAAAAGCUGCUGCUAAGGAAGCUGAAAAUACAAAGAAAGCUUUGGAAGCUGAAGAGAAAGCUUGGCAGGAUGACGACAAACAAGUAUUAAAGAAGAAACAGAAACAGGAGGAACUCGAGAAGAAAAGACAGCAACAAUUAGAAAAGAAGGCUGAAGUGAAAGCUCUAUUAGAAAAAGAAAUGGCAACUAUAAAAGUAGGAGGCAAACAACCUACUGCUAAAAUUACAAAAGCUGAAAUAAUGGCAGCUAUGGAGAAGCGCAAUCAAGCUGCGAAAAGUGAGAAGAAAAAGGAAGAAGAAAAACCAAUCGAAGAAAAUUUGAAUAGGAUUAUUGUCGAAGGCGAAACUGCACAUGGUAUAGACGAAGCAUUAUCGAUUUUAAGCGUGAAAGAUUCGGAAGUUGAUCGUCAUCCCGAGAAACGUAUGAAAGCUGCUUAUGCAAGUUUUGAAGAGAAAAUGAUGCCUAUUAUUAAGGAACAAAAUCCUACUUUGAGGCUCAGUCAAUUGAAACAGAUUUUGAAAAAAGAGUGGAUGAAAUCUCCUGAAAAUCCGCUCAAUCAAAAGCUUUUUAACAAUUGAUAUUAGUGAUAUAUUCAUUGAUAGUCUGCGCACUUUCACAUGACUGAAUAUAACUUUCUUAUCUUAAAUGUUUGAAAAAAAAAAAGAAAAAAAGAAAAAAAGAAAAAAAAAAAGAAGUAAUAUGUGUAAGUAUAACAGAUAAAAUCGGUUCACAGUUUUAUUGUAAACGAAUAAGUUAUAUUCCAAAAUGCUAUAGGAUAUAAAAAAAAUUAACAUAAUAUAAAACAUCUUUGGUGCAACUUAUGCGCGAAUCUAUAAUAGCCUCCGUUCGGUAUCUUAAAUCUUUGCUUAUUGACAGAGAGACCUUUGUCGAAGUUUAUAGAAAGAUUCUAAAAAAAUAUCUUAAAAAAUAUAUGUUUUGGCACAUUUAUCAUGCUGUAGGUGUAGAAGAUAUUUUUACAAUUUCGCAAUUGUCGUAUCAUUCAAUGAAAAGUAAUAAAACCAUCACAAAGUAGAGCUCGAAAAAGAGAAGUUUUAGUUUUAUCAAGAAUCUGUCCUCUUAUACAGACUUAAGAUUUCUUUAAAAAUGUAAAAUCAGCUAUAAUAAAACUAAUAACGCACGCGAAACUUUUCUAUGUAUGUAUGUAUGUAUGUAUGUACACUUUAAAUAUUUAAUUCAAAGGAAAAAUUAUAAAAAAGGAAAGAGGACUAUUAACAUAUUUUUUAUCUAAUUUUUAUCUAAUUUUUUAUCUAAUUUUGUAUCUAACUACGAGCUUGAUACCCGUAAGAGAACUUGAUGUUUCAGUACGAUCAUUGCUUAUUCGAGAUUAUAUCCUCUGCUGGAAUUAACAAUAUCGAAAUACUAAUAUUGCUACCAGUUCUUAUUCUUCCAUAAAUCUAUGAAACAGUGAAUCAUAUGAUUCAGUUGAUCAGGACAAUCCGUCAUGGGUGUGUGCCCUGCACUUGGAAUAGCUUCGAGGAAAGCCUUCAGCAUAGUCUAAAAAGGAAAAAAAAAAAAACAACAAAAACAAACAAACAAGUGGAAGAAUGAAGUAUAGAAUAGAAGACGUAUUUCAAUAGAUGUAUUAACUAACCCUUUCCAUCUGACACUCUUGUACAAGUGAUACUUUGUUAUCUCUCAAUCCAUGUAUAAGAAGAGUAGGUGUAAAAAUUCUUCUAUGAAAAACGUAGUCCCCUUCAGGCCAAGCCAUCCCAUCCAAAACAUAUUUCAUAUGAGAUGGCCAUUGUUCGACCGGUUCAGGACCACAAUAAGGAUGUUGACGACCUCUUGCGGAAUACAGUAUAUCUCUAUGAAGGCCGCACAUCAAAAGUGGUGACAAAAUAGCUCUUAGAAAGCAUCGGCCAGCACCUUCUCUCGUAGGCGGUGCCAAUGGUGUUGGACCACCACCGGAUAUUAAAACAAGCUGAUGAAUAUUGCUGUCAUAUUUGCAAGCCAAUGCUGUUGCAAAACUGCAUCUAUAAAAGAAACGCCAUCGCCAUCGCUAUCGCCGUUGCCGCCAUCGCCACCGCCGCCACCAACGACGACGACGACGACGACGAUGACGACGACGACGAAGACAACGACGACGAUGAUAAUGAUAAUGAUGAAAAGAAGAAAUUUCUUAUUGCGUUAAACAUUAAUUCCAAUAGCCCACGAAGUAGUCAAGCAAAAAUUAUUCAAACGUUACACACAUGUAGGUAGUAAUUACCUAGCUAGCCAUGAACGGUUUAAAAAGAAAGUCCACGAUGUUCUUUGAAUUAUGAUACUAUCUACCAUAAAUAUUAAACGCGUAUGUAUGUGUAUAUAUAUAUAUAUAUAUAUAUAUAUAUAUAUAUAUACAGGAAUAUUUGUUAAAAAAAUUUACCCAUAAUUAUGCGCUAUCAGUAUACACUUUUGACCUGGUUCAAAAGCGUAAUAAUGUAGUACUGUCUCCAGAUCCUUCAACAAUUUGCUAAAUGUAUAAUCCUUCGAUCGGUCAGGUGACGAGCUCAUACCAUGUCCUAAAAGAUCAGGAGCGAUGCAAGGAUAACCCAUAGCCGAGAAAUAUUCUAAUUGAUGUUCGAAUAUCUCUGCUGACGAACCAAACCCAUGUAAAAAGACCAAUGUUGGUUUACGAUUUCUUCGAAAUAUCACAUAAUCAUGUGGAAUUUGUUCGCAAUUAGACAAUCUCGUAGAUUCUUCCAAGUUAGGCCAUCUUUUUCUAUAAUCCUCCAUUUCCAAAGGUUUAGUUUCUUUUCUAGUAUUAAUUACCUCUAAUCGUUCAUCAUCGUUCUUACGUUUCGAUCUUCUUUCAAUAUUCGAACGAAAUCUUGCACAAAAUUUCGUCUCAAUCGUUGUCUCCUUUCUCUCUGAUAAUUCCAAAUCAUCAUUUUCUAAUUCUAAUCGUACAUUUUCAAAUUUAGGAUCGUCGAUAGAUUCCUCUAAUUGUCUGAUAUCCAUUAUAUUUUUUUCGUCAUUAAUUUCAUUGUCAUUUAAUAUGAUUACAUCCUUUAAUUUUGUUAACUUAUUUUCUUUAUCAUUUUCAAUGAUCUCCCGGGAAGAUUCGUUAUAUUUCUCAUCUUCGUUAAUUCUCAGAUCUUCCCAGCUAUUUCUUAAAGGGGUUCUACCUAAUUUUUCGUCGAUUAUUCGUAAGAGAGAUUGCUCGAGACUCGGUUCUUGAUCAGGUUGAAAUUCUAUUGUUUCGACGCUGUUUAUACCGGAAUCUAUACAAUCCAAUUGUUCUAAAAUGACCUCCGUACCGAUCGUACGAGUACGUAAAUAAAAGUCGAGAGAAUCAGGAUCGUGUGCUGAACCAAUGAAAGCACGAUUUAUAUAUCCUUGAUCGUUUUUCGUUCUUUCCACGUUCAACUUUUCAUCUUCUUGAAUCUUCUUAUCGUCAGCAUGAAAGGAAAAACUAAUUUCAUUAAAAAUUUCUUCCCCUUUAGCUUUCGAAGACGAUUGUUGAUGAUCUAAUUUUGAUCUUUCUUUCGUAACUUUACGAUCAUUUUUAAGAAUCAAAUUUGAAUCAUUCGAAUUAGCAACAUAUUUAAUCGUAUCGUCUAAUAUUUCUUCGAGCAAUACAUUGAUGUAUCUUUCGAGAUCCUUAACAAUUUUAUUCUUAGCUCUUUGUUCCUCGUUCGCCGAGGAGUUUAAAGAUAAAUUUUUCGAAGGAUCAAGUAUAACUUUGUCCUUUGUUUUUUUCUCAUUAUUAUUAUCAAGUUUCGCGUCGGGUAUUUGCAAUUUUUGAAGAUUAGCCGAUACCCUUUGCUCAAGUUCUUCGAUAUCUCUUGCUGAUUUUUCAGGAGUCUCGUAAAGACUAUUUCUAAUACGAUUUAAUUCCGUAGAAAUAAUUUCUUCGUCGUUCGUACUCAAUCUAUUAGAUUGACGAAAAGAACAUCUACAAUGAUUCGACGAAUGCGGUCUUUUCGACCAACGAGCAAAAAAAUUAUCAUUUAUCGAUUCGGGCCUAUCACUCGUGUUCUCGUAAUACCAUUCACCUUUUAAACUUGGUUUUAAUACUCUCAAAGUUCUACGCGGUGCUACGAUGAAAAAAUCACAAUCUUCUAAUUCUACCGUAGCCGGACCAAUUCGAUUACGAUUUUUCCAAUAUUCGAAAAAUUUCACGUACCAUCUUGGCUCGAUAGUUUGCUCUUUCGUACUCAUUUCGAAUGAUUUUCAAAUCGUUAAGAUCAUUGUGUUUGAUCGACGAUUAACAUAAUCGAAUUUAUUUAUCUGAUUUGAGAACCAAAUUUGGACACUAAUCGAAUCAUUCGUACAUCCUUAAUAAUUCAUUAAUAUAUUCCUAUUACGUUGAACGAAUAGCUUAUCCAAUCGGAGAAGAGAAUUUUUAUUCGUAAAUGGUAUUCGAAAUUCUCUUUGCUAUUUAUGUAUAUAAGAUGAUAUGUAUCUUUUAGGCUCUUCCGUUCCUUUGUUUAGAACUUUGAUUAUUAUUAUUGUUAUCGCUAUUACACAAGUAAGAGAUGUUUUCGCAAGAAACAAGUUUACACAACUUUUCUAUGAAGAAUAAGUUGCAGUUGUUCGUUCGGAAAAAGAAACUUCCUCGUAUGAAAGUUUUUCCAAAUUCUUUUUCUAGACGGAAAUUUCUUGUCCUUUAUCUUCGUCUUCUAACCUAAAGAAAAAGAUAAAAAAAACAGUCGGAUUAUUAUCAUUCUUUUUAUUUUUCUACUAGUAAAUAGUCAAUUUGAAAGAUAAAAGUAAUAUAUAUAUAUAUAUAUAUAUAUAUAUAUAUAUAUAUAUAUUACUUUUAUUCUAUCUUCCUCUCACACAUAUAAACACACACACACACACACACACACACAGAUAUUUGCGGCAAGAUAAUUAAUGUAAAUGAAUGGAUAAUCGUUUGAGCGUAUCUUAACGUUUAGUAAUUUCUUACAAAGAAUCGUCGACUCAUCGAUAUAAAUGAUAGUCUUUUGUGUAUAAUAGACUUCAAAUAUUUCUUACGUUAUUUCAUUUUCUAUCAUUCUAACAAGUUAUAAAAGUAAUUCACGUAACUUGUUUAUAUGAAAAAUAAUACUCAUGCAUAUAUCGUGUGUGAAAAGUGUCAUUCAUAUUUGUAUCGUAUAUAAUAUAAUAUUAACGUAUGUGUUUUUCUUUGUCUGAAAAGUAAUACCGAUACAUGUGCAUAUUUGUGUAUUUAAGAUUAAGCUUGUAACAUGUGUGCGUAAUAUGUAUGUGUAUUUGAAUCUAUGUGAAAGAAAGUAAAAAAUAUCGAUAAAUUACA